AUGCUCCUCGGUCUGUUGUUGGCGGCCGUCGUCGGCGCUGCGCCAACGGCGCAAACGGGAAUCUCACUCCCUCUGCGUGCCCCUCGUGCGCCGCUUGGUGAUGAUGCCGAUGCCUUUGCGGUCGCAAGGGGAGAGCAUAGGCGCGCUCUGGCCAAGUACGGGUAUGGGCGCCAGAAGCGCGAUAUUGACCUCAAAGGAUGGGGAUACGGGUACACCGUCUCGGUGCAGGUCGGCACCCCCCCGCAGACAUUCGACGUCAUGCCCGACACCGGGAGCUAUGACUUUUGGCUGAUCGGGGCGUGCGACAAUACCACCGAGUGCGGCGAUGCGAAAGUGUAUCGCACCGCCACAUCCAGUUCCUUCCAAACCACAGACAUGGAGUUCCAGGCUGGACCGUAUGUGGACGGUGGCGUACAGCGCGGCAUGUGGGGUUCCGACCAAGUACGCGUGGGCCAGCAGGCCGUAUAUGCGUCCGUGGGCGUGUCGAACGAGACACUCAAUUGGCGCCUGGCAAUGGAUGGGAUCAUGGGUUUCGCACCCGGGGCGACGAGCAUACACACCCUUCCUUGGUGGUUUCUGGCGGUGGCAGAGUGGACCGACAAGCAGUUCGGGAUGCACCUCGGCCGUGUGCCGCCCAACAUUGGAGCGAACAAGGCGGGCGCCGCGGGGUAUGGCGACCUGACUCUUGGCGGCGUGAACCACGCGCUCUUCACCGGUGAGAUCGUGUACUAUCCCCUCCUAAAGGGACCCCAGUCGACACAUUGGGAGAUUUCGAUGCGCGUGGUCGUAGGCGGGAAGAGUGUCGGCUCGGACCUGCCAGCUCUCAUCGAUUCGGGGACUACUCUGGUUAUCGGCCCUGCGGCAUACGUGGAAGCGUUCUACGAAGCCCUCCCCACUCUCGUCCUCUCGGUGGGCGGCGGGCAAUACGUAUACAAAGCCGCACCGCUGGGUGCGGGUCUCAAUUUCGGAGGAGAGACGUACUUGUUCGACGACGACGACCUGUGUCACCUCCGCGGCAGCAAGGCAUGGUUCGCGGCCAACGGCGUCGACCUUCCUGAGGACGGGGACUGGUGCCUUGGCGGCGUGACGGGUCAAGGCAGCCUGUCGAACAGCGGCAAUGUGGACACAGGCGACCCCGCCAUGCUCGACUUCGACUUCUGGAUUGUGGGGAUCACCUUCAUGAAGAAUGUGUACACUGCCUUCAGGGCCGAACCACCAGCAGUGGGAUUCGCUCAGCUUAGUCCCGAGUCGAAUAAGAAGUACGCGGUCUCGUCGGCGGCAGCGACGCCGACGGGACGCGUGCCUGUCGCCACCGUCUCUGUGGUGAGCGGUGCCGGGAAGAUUAUGCCGUCGGUAGCGGUGCUGGUGCUUGGUGCUGCGCUCGUCCUGGCGCUAUAG